ACUCAAAAAACGCAACACAAGCUCACAAGUUCACAUUUUUGUCCUCCUUUGGAGACGCUCAGGCAUGCAUUUUCUCCCCAUCCCAUCGUCUUCUUAUCACGGGCAACCGCCCAACCAUAGUGUGCCACCUUAAUGUUAAAUUAUGCCUUCAGUUACUUUCCUCCUCAGAAUCAGUUUGUAACGACCUCAGAACAAUGACUAAACUUUUCAUCGGGUUCGUUGCGCGCAUUUCCCUCACUUCUCCUACCCAAUCUCUCGCCACUCUUUUCCUUCUCCUCGUACCCCAAAACCAAGCCGUCUUAACCCUACAGCCCCAUUUGGCAACCUGCCACUACCCCUCUCAACCGCUGAACGAAAUUAAUCCCCAAUAGAGGCCUCGCAUGGCACACCGACGAUAAUUCCUUAAGGGCAAAGUUCGAAGAAUAUGGGUCUGUUGAAGAAGCGGUGCGACUUUGUUUUGCUUUCCCCCUUGAUUUAGAGUCUCCGCUUCAUGUUUCGGCCAGUUACUAACAUCUUCCGUGUAAAGGUUGUCGUAAAGGAUCGUGACACUGGCAGAUCCCGCGGGUUCGGUUUUGUGAGAUUCAGUAGCGAUGAUGAUGCUACCACCGCUAUGAAUUCCAUGAAUGACAUGGAGUGCGUACUUUCGCCCCCCAGUAUCACUGAAGUUCCCCAACUAAGCUUCAACCCAACUCUCUAGAUUUGACGGCCGCAGGAUCCGCGUUGACAAGGCUAGCGAUCGCCGCCAAGGCAGGUGUAUUCCGUAAUAGUCCUAGACGUCUACUGACUUGUUUUAUAGGCGGUGGUGGUGGUUCUGGAGGUGGCUAUGGAGGUGGUGGCUAU